GAGAAUAUUCAUACGAGGUGGUAGAGCAUAAAGAUGGACGCUGGACAAACGCUCACGAUGCAUACAGACGGUCGCUUCAUAACGAACAGUUCAUGAUGUAUAUCUCAUUUCUGCUCCUGAGCUUUUGCACACUGACCCUCGCCAUCCCACCCUACACGCCCCCCUUCUCCUCUAAAACCUGCCCCGCCUCUACUCCAGUUACUCGCACCUACAAAACCGUGAUCCGCACAACAAUCACCACCACCACGCUCGCCCCCCGUCACUGCCCAUCCUUCAGCACCCAAGUCGACACGCCCGCACCAUGGUCAUCCUGCACCUUCAACGCCGCGACCUGCAUCCGCCCAGCCUGUCUCCAACUCUCCACCAUCACGCAGCCGUGCAUCACGGAUAGCUGCUGCACCCGGACGGCAACGGAUACGGUGUAUGCGCCCUGUCCAACCGCGUGUCCCACGGGAUGCGCUACCUCCUGGACCGUCGUGUCAUCCUGCGCCGGUCCACCGUCUCUGUCAACGACCACGCUCACCCCGCCGCCGAGCUCUAAACCGACGCCCAGCAGACCGUGCUAUACGCACACUGUGAGCGGGACGAAUGCUUGUCCCGAGGAUACGUUGGGGUGUGCGAGCCCGGAUUGUAUUGUCUUGAGUACGACGACGGUGCCGCUGGACACGGUGGAGGGGUGUAGUGCUACGCCGAGGGUGACGAAGAGUAGGGAGUGUAGGGGGUAUUGCCAUGGGGAGUGUGCAGUGCAAUGGGUUACUGAGACGGCGAGUGAUUGGUAGGGGGUGGAAGGUGGAAGGUGGAAGGUGGAAGGCGUGAAUGUGGGUUGUGUAUGUAACGAUCACGUCCGAUUUGUGUUACGUUGUCUACGAUGUUAUUUGUGCAUUGGCGCCACCUCUGUUGUAUUUUGAGGACAAAGGUAUGUAGCGGGGUAUGCUUCACUGCUG